AUGCGGAGCGAGGAGCGAAAUGAGAAGGUUGAGAAGAAGGUGCUCUGGCCCCAGUGGAUCGCCGGUUUCGGAGUUUACCUAUUGACCACGCAGCUAGGAUUGAUGUGCGGUUGGUCGUCUCCGCAUGUACAUCUGCUAACCGGGCCGAAUGCUCCGUUCCCUGUCACAAUGUCGGAGGUGUCCUGGGUGGUGUCGUUGCUCAACUACGGCAGAUUUUUUGGUGCUAUCGCGGGUGCUGUGAAUAUCAAUUAUUUCGGCAGCAAGGCAGCAGUGCUGAUAUCCGGCGUACCAGGCACGUUAUGCUGGCUGUUCGUCAUCGUGGCUAAUAACGUAAACUGGCUCUACUCCUCGAGAUUUUUCGGUGGCAUCUGCGUAGGAAUGACCUACAGUUGCUACUCCCUGUACGUAGGGGAAAUAGCGGAACCAAGCAUACGAGGUGCACUGGUGGCAUUAGCUACCUGCGGAAUACCCAGUGGUACCUUCUUAAUGAGCGUCAUGGGGGCCUAUUUACCGAUGCGAAUAUCAGCCGCGAUAUCCUUAGCUAUUUGCAUCGUGAUGAUAGGCAUUUUCGUCUGGCUGCCGGAAUCUCCUCAUCACUUGAUCAAGAAAAAUUUGGAAGAAAAGGCCAAGUUGUCGAUCCAGUGGUAUCAUCGGAACUCUGACGUGGAAACGGAAUUCGUGGGGUUAAGGAGGUUCGUCGAGAAUCUCAAUAAACUAACGUUAAAGAGUGCCCUGGACGAACUGGUUCAGUACCGUAAGCCGUUAUUUAUAAUCUCGUGCUUGAUCAUAUACAGUCAAUGGUGCGGGAUCAAUACCGUUCUCUUUUACAUGGAGACGAUAUUAACGUCCGCGAAAGUCAGUGUAAUACCUCCAGCGACAGUGGUGAUAAUAGUGAUGCCGUGUGGUAUGGUCGCGUCGUGUUUAUCCAUGGUUCUGAUGGACAGGUACGGAAGGAAACCUUUGAUGAUCGCGUCUUGCAUCGGCAUCACGAUCUCUUUCGUUAUGCUAACCGUCGAGUUUCACUUAUUGGGUCUCGGUUACAAUUCGAAAUCGGUGGAAGGAGUGUCAUUCGCCGCGAUGAUCUUGUUCUACAUGUCCGUCUCGUUAGGAGCAAUUCUCGUUCCGCAAACGGUGCUAGGCGAAGUCUUUGCUCCUCACCUGAAAUGGCUCGCGGCGUGCAUAAUCAGCUCCAUAGCCGCGAUUGCAGCUAUCGUUUCUGCUUCCACUUAUUUACCCCUGCUGAAUGCCAUGACCGAGCGAUACCUGUUUCUAUUCUUCGGCGUGAUAAUAGCCACGGCUGUACCGUUCACGAUAUUUUGCGUACCUGAGACGAAAGGAUUGUCUUUGCAGGAGAUUCAGAAGAAAUUCGGCGGCAAAAGCACACCUCGAGUUACGUCCGUGUACAUGGAAACUGAUAAACUUUCUCGCGGAAAGAUUGCCGGUCCGUUUAUAAUCUUACCCAGCGAUUAA